AUGGAUGAGAGCCGUGUCCAGGAAGCCCUCGGCCAGAUUUGCUGGCUUGAAGUACCUGUCCGAGACUUCGCCCGUGCCAAGAAGUUCUACACCGAAAUUUUUGGCUGGGAGGUCAUGGAUGAGCCCGCAAAGGCCGUUGGUGACUGCGUCAAGAGCAUGCACUUCUUCAACAAGGGCAAGACUCUGCACGGGGCUUUUCUCGAGCUUGACGAACCCUACCAUGUCGUCAACAACAUCACUGAACGCCCGGCCGCGUUGCCUCUGAUGCCAACCCUCUGCGUUGUGGACUGCGAAGAGACACUGAAGAAGGUCGCCUCAGCCGGCGGCAAGACGGCCCUUCCCAAGACGGCCAUCGGCGGAGAGAUGGGAUAUUUCGCCCGGCUCAUUGACACGGAAGAAAACAUGAUUGGCAUCUGGUCUCAGAAAUGA